GCUGAUGUUUCGCAGCAGAGAGUCCUCUGUAAGGCGAUGCGGAGGCGCGACCCUGGACACGCCCACGGAGCCACUGUUUAGGCCAGAAAACAACCUGAGCGAUGCCACAGGUUCAUCGUAUCGUACCGUUGCAUUACAUGAUGCCUCAUGCUCAUUUAUACCUGUGAAGUCCUCACACCGUGACAUUCACUUUACUUGUUUCAGCUCAUCAAAAUCUUGUACUUGCAUCUCCAAACAGGGGGUUCAUCAUCAAGCCCUUCCUCACCACCACUUGCCUAACCCUACAACUACAAUCACUGCGACAAGACCACCCUUUUUUCACGGACCAAACCAUGUCGGCCCCCAAAUCCGGCAUCAAAGUCGUCGUCGUCGGGGCCGGCUUCGGCGGCCUGACGGCAGCCAUCGAGUGCCACCGCCAGGGCCACGACGUGUCCAUCUACGAGAACUUCCCCGAGCUCAAGACGCUCGGCGACAUCAUCUCGUUCGGCGCCAACGCGGGGCGCAUCUACCACCGCUGGUCCGACGGCAAGAUCGCCCGCCGCCUGCGCGAGUUGUGCAUCGACCUGUCGUCGUACGGCUUCCGCAUCCACAAGUACGACACGGGCGAGGUUGUCUACCACCAGCCGACGCCCGAGCAGAACCCGGAGGCACCCGUCUUGAAUGGUCAUCGCGGCGAGCUGCACGAGGUUGUGUUUAAUUACGCGAGGGAUGAGUUGGGUAUCCCGAUCCAUCUGGGCCAGAGAGUUGAUGAGUACUUUGAGGACAAGCACCAGGCGGGAAUCGUGCUGAAGAGCGGUGAGAGGGUGGUGGCGGACUUGGUGAUUGGCGCCGACGGGGUGCGGUCCAAGGCGAGGGAGCUGGUGCUGGGCUAUGUCGACAAGCCCAAGAGCAGCGGGUAUGCCGUCUGGCGGGCGUGGUUUCCCAACACGGACAUGAUCCAAGACCCGCGCACGCGCGAGUUCUGCAUCAACGGCGACACGUUCAACGGCUGGAUCGGCCCGGACGUGCACUUCCUCUUCAGCACCAUCAAGGGCGGCAAGGACUGCUGCUGGGUGCUGACGCACCGCGACGAGCACGACAUUGACGAGUCGUGGUCCUUCCCCGGCAAGCUUGAGGACGUCUACAAGGUGCUCGAGGGCUGGGACCCCGUCUGCCGCGCCAUCGUCGAGAAGACGCCCAGCCUGGUCGACUGGAAGCUGGUGUACCGCGACCCCUUGCCGACUUGGGUCAGCAAACAUGCCCGCAUCUUGCUGUUGGGCGACGCGGCGCAUCCGUUCUUACCGACUAGCGCGCAGGGCGCGACCCAGGCUAUGGAAGAUGGUGUCACUAUCGCCGUGUGUUUGAAGAGGGCAGGGAAAGAGAAUGUUCCGGCCGCGGUGCGGGUACAUCAGGAGCUCCGGUAUGAGCGUGUCAAGGCAGUGCAAAAGACGGGCGAGACUACCCGCGACAGGUGGCACAAGACGGACUGGGCGAAGGUGGCCAGCGAUCCCAAGAGCAUUGCCUUCCCCCGCGAAGAUUGGAUCCACCACCACGAUGCUGAGAAGCACGCCGAGGAGAUGUUUGACGAGACCUUCAAAAAGGUAACGCAGCCCGAGUUGUUCGAGGACGUCAAGUUGCUACCCGUCGGCCCUAUCGCGGUAGCGGUAUGAGCGCAAUGUAUUGGUUGGAAUGGUGCAUGGGGGCGUGUUUGUCAUGGUGAACGACCAAGGGGUAUAUUGCUCAGGGACCGGGAGUGAAGCUAGUGAUGAGUUGGCUUGGAUCUCAGAGGUCAAUAUGCCAUCUGCAUUAGCUAGGGCCAGUAUCAAGGAACGAUAACAUUGUUAUGUACCUACAGUAGUUUGGCUGAUGUAGUGGAUGGCCGGGCAGCUUACGCCUUGGGGUUGCCUUCGUGCAUCUUAACCCAAGGCCAUGAUUGGUUGUAUACCUUGCAGCCCCUCACCCAGCGGCUGUUGUGACAA